GGAUCAAGUCAUUGAAAGGAUUGUGGAUGCUACCCAUAUCAUAAAACUUCAUCAGUUCAUCCGAACAAUAAUUAUUGCGGGCCUUAUUUUUGACACCAUGAUUCUUAAUAUUCCUGUUUCAUCAUCCACCCUGAGCUUCUCAUCCCAAAUCGAAUCCGACCCGACCCACAGAUUCCUGACAUCCAGAUUCUACCAUCUCUCAAUCGCUAACCCACCCGUAUCCACAACCAUUCGGAUGGGCGGCGGUCCAAGGACAUACCCUGGCGGCGUGUCAAAGUGGCAAUGGAAACGAAUGCAAGCCAAGAAAAGUAAACAACUCCUCCGAGCUCGACUGGCCCGCGAACGUCAGAUAUACGAAAUGAGAAAAAGGGCGGAGCUAAGUGCAGCGGUGUCAGAGCUGGAGCGGCCGUGGGAAGUGGUUGAAAAAGCACCCAAGUUGUUUUCGGUCACCGCUGAUGAGCAGUUGAAGGUUUUAGCUGAUAGGUUUCAGAAACCCGGUGGGUUCGAUUUAUGGUCCGAGAAAGACGGACCUCAAUUGUUUGAGACUUAUGAUGAUGGGGUUCCGUCUGCUAGGUUUUUCCCUAAAGGGGUUGUUCAUAGUAUUAAACCAUACGGCAGAAUUACCGAUCAUCAAGAAGUUGAGAAAAAUGAUUUGGGUGUUGGGUAUCGGAUUCCAAUUCCAGAUUCUGGGGGAAAUGGGAAUGACAACAAGGAUGGUAGGAGGAGGAGGGGAAGGGAGAUUUCGGGUUUGAAUCGUAAGAAGGGAAAUGGUAGAAAAUUAGAAGAAUCUGGUUUUGAUUCCAAAGUGUUUGAUAUGAAUUUACAAGAUGAUGGGAGUUAUGGGAUUUCAAACAAGGAAUCAGAGAUUCGACAUAGAAGGGAAAGGAAAUGAAAGUGUAUAUGUAUCGAUUUGAGGAAUCUCUCAAGUAUUGUAACGAAACAUUCGUUUUUUGCUAUGGAUAUGAUCAUGAAACUCGUUUGUACACAAACCGAAUCCAGAUGAUAAAGGUUAAGAAAACCUGGCCGUAGUCAGUUCUAUGUAGCAGUUUAAUAUAUAAAGUUCAUAUUUUAGUUUUA